GCCAGUCAGACGGAGCGGAGGGAGCACGUGAUAGGGUAGAAGGCGGGGCUAGCCUUGACAGCUGGGACAAUGAACCUCUGCUGAGCCAAGCCGGAGGGACGCUGAGAGCUGACGGCUGAUCAGAGUCCGCAGGGUGUCGGUGGCCAGUAUGAGUCGCUUCCUCGCUAUCCUUCGCAGUUGGCUGAUGAUGGUUUCCAUUAUUGCGGCUGGAAACACACUGCAGAGCUUCCGCGACCACAGCUUCCUGAGCGAUAAAUUAUACACGGGGAGGCCGAACCAAGUGAACGGCCUGCAGGCUCGCACCUUCGGAAUCUGGACGCUGCUCUCGUCUGUGAUUCGCUGCACAUGUGCCAUCGAUAUCCGCAAUAAGACACUCUACCACCUCACCCUGUGGACCUUUAUCCUGGCACUGGGCCACUUCAUGUCUGAAGUCUGGAUCUAUCACACUGCUCAGAUGACCAUUGGAGUCAUGGCGCCACUUAUGGUCGCAAGUUUCUCCAUAUUGGGCAUGGUGAUCGGCUUCCAGUACCUGGAGGUUAUACCGGACCCCCCAGCUACCUCCAUCAAGAAGAGAAACUGACACCAGAGACCCAUCACCCUGUCAUGUCCCCGGGCCCUCCCAUCACAAGGUGCCAAAAGAAAUGAGGCGGAGUGCAUGAGAGACAGAACAUUCCACAACGUGCCACUUUCCUUCAUAUAAUUUUUAUUUAAAUAAAAAGAAGACAUUA